AUGAGCAGUGCGGCGCCAAGGAAAGAGGAAGAAGAGGAGGAGGAGAUUGAAUUCAUCAAUGUCGAGUUCGACUUUACCGCGCCGAGCGAGAUUGACUACCAGGCGCUGAAGCGUCUGUUCCAGCAGCUUUUCUAUACGCAUGCCCCGACGAUGGACCUCGGCGUGGUGGCCGACUACGUCGUGAACCUCAGCCAGAACCACGGCAUCGGCACAGUGGUCAAGGUUGACGACAUGGAGCAGGUGCGCGAUCCAUACGCGGUGAUUAGUGCGCUUACGUUUGGCGAGAAGGGCGUGCCCGCCGCGGAUCUGCUGCGCACCUAUCUCACGACGCAGCUCGCACGCUCCGCCAAGGGCAAGCCGCUGCUCGACCUGAUCAAUAGUGCGUCGGGCAGCAAGCCGCUCGUUCUGCUGUUGCACGAGCGCAUGAUCAACCUGCCGGCGCAGGUUAUGCCGCCGCUCCUGCGCAUGCUCCACGAGGAGUACGAAGAAGGGCGCCAGGAGGCGACGCCGCCGGCCGCCGAGCCGACCCACCUGCUGGUCUUUUCGCGUGGAUUCUCGGCAGACGCCCUCGAAGAGGAUGCGGACCAGGAGCCGACCGGCUUGGCCGGCGCACGCAAGCGCAAGGCGGGGCUCAACCAGACGCACCCCGACGACGCGGCUGCCGCGGCGCUCGGCAAGGCUGCGAAGCGCAAAAUGAUCAAGACGCCGUCGGCCUCGUCGCGCCUCGACGACGGGCUAGGGUCGUUCCACCCGGAAGACGAGCUGCUCGCCGAGUUUGUCUCGCACCACUUCCACUUCCGUUUCCCCCCGCCGCGCGACGCAAUCGACACGUACGAGGCGCCGAUCUAUGGUCGGAUCAUGGCGAUCCCCUAUGCCAAGGUCCCUGCGGCCCUCGCGCGGAUCCAGGCCGAGUGGCCUGCACCGAUGUAG